CGUCCCUAGAAAAUAAAUCCUCUUAUUGGAUGUCAGAUGUCGGACGCAAUGUAAAUCCUUCAUUAGUGUUUAGCAAAACUGAAUGCGCUGAAUAUUUACCUAUCUACCUAUCCAAGAGGCGAAGAUUGGUUUGUGCAACAAGAUGGCAGUCUCUACUUCUUCCGUUUAUCCUUUUGGUUUCUGACACGCAACGUACGAAACCACGUGUUACGAUGAAGGCCAAGGGUGAUUUGAAGGAAUUCGAAGUGAUAGGACGUAAGCUUCCUACCGAAAAAGAGAAAACAACUCCUCUUUACAAAAUGAGAAUAUUUGCUCCUGAUGCUAUAGUGGCCAAAUCCAGAUUUUGGUACUUCUUGCGUCAAUUGAAAAAGUUCAAAAAAUCUACUGGAGAAAUAGUAUCUUUAAAGCAGAUUCCAGAGAAAACACCAGCAAAAAUAAAAAAUUUUGGAAUUUGGCUAAGAUACGAUUCACGAUCCGGUACACAUAACAUGUACAGGGAAUACAGGGAUCUUUCUGUUAGUGGGGCUGUAACGCAGUGUUAUAGGGACAUGGGCGCCCGUCAUCGCGCGCGAGCUCAUUCCAUACAGAUAAUUAAAGUGGAAGUUGUUAAGGCUGCAAAUUGCCGCAGACCUCAAGUGAAACAAUUCCAUGAUUCUAAGAUCAGAUUCCCAUUGCCUAAGCGAAUCCAACAAAGAAACCGUAUGCCACUAUUCAGUGUGCGACAACCACGCACUUACUUCCUGUGAAUAUUAUGAACAAUGUUACAAUAAUGUUUUGUAUUGUAACACUAAGUGUGUAUUAUUCUGCAAGAAAAUAAAAAUUUGAUAUAAUUUA